AUGCAGAUUGGCGUGAGGUUUGGUGGAAAGACCUCGUUUGUUCAGGCUGAGCCUUCACAGUUGGUUCUGUCUCUAAAGGCUCUUGCUGGAAACAUCUGCGGGCUUGAUUGUUCAGCGAUGGUUCUACAGCACAACUCUAAGGUACUAGAGGAUUUAAGAACAGUGGCAAGCUACGGCAUAAGGAACCUCGAUACAAUUAUAAUGCAACCCAAGCUUCUUGGAGGAGGAGGAAACAUGUCUGAAAACGAUGGGGCUAUGGCAAUGAGAGAGAAGAACGACUGCUUGAUCUGCCGAAGAUGCUACGCAAGGUCUGGAAAGUCUGCAGAGAAAUGUAGGAAGUGCGACAGCAAAGAUCUAAGACCUAAGAAGCCUCUCAAGACAAUGAAGAAGAAAUAA